UCUACCUUCUUUACAACAGCUUCAGUGAAGCCUAUCAUUCUUUACAUCACAAUCCUUGACAUCACAUCACUCAUUCAACCCGCUAGUCGGUCAACACCAAUAACUUACUACCAUAUCAACCAAGAUGCCUACCUUCACUUCCAAGUCUCUUCUUACCGUCCUCGCCGGUGCGGCCUCCGUUGCGGCCCACGGUCACGUUAGCAACAUUGUCAUCAACGGCGACCUUUACCAGGGCUAUGACUCCAGCUUCAAUUACAUGGCCAACCCCCCUGUUGUCGCUGCCUGGAAGGCCAACAACCAGGACAACGGCUUCGUUGCCCCUGAUGCUUUCUCCUCGCCCGAUAUCAUCUGCCACAAAGACGCUACCAACGCCAAGGGCCAUGCCGUCGUCAAGGCCGGUGACAAGAUCUCCAUCCAGUGGGAGACCUGGCCCGAGUCUCACCACGGUCCCGUGAUCGACUACCUCGCCAACUGCGGCACCGCCGGCUGCGAGACCGUCGACAAGACCGCUCUCGAGUUCUUCAAGAUCGACGAGGUCGGCCUCAUCGACGGCUCCGCCGCCCCCGGCAAGUGGGGUUCCGACCAGCUCAUCGCGAACAACAACAGCUGGCUCGUCGAGAUCCCGGCCAACAUCGCCCCCGGCUUCUACGUCCUCCGCCACGAGAUCAUCGCCCUCCACUCCGCCGGCCAGCCCAACGGCGCCCAGAACUACCCCCAGUGCUUCAACCUCCAGGUCACUGGCUCCGGCACCGAGAAGCCCGCGGGUGUCAAGGGUACCGCCCUCUACACCCCCAACGACAAGGGCAUCUCCUUCAACAUCUACCAGCCCAUGACCAGCUACCCCAUCCCCGGCCCCGCCCUCAUCAAGGACGCCGUCAGCGUCGCUCAGGCCCACUCCGCUGUCACCGCUACCGCUACCGCCCUUACCGGUCUUGCUGCUGCUCCCGCUGCCACUGGCGCUCCUGCUACCACCUCUGCGGCCGCUGCUCCUGCUGUUACUACUACCAAGGCCGCUGCGGUCCCUACCACCACUCUCGUCCCCUCCGCCACCAAGGCUGUCACCACUGCUGCUCCCCAGGCUACCAAGCCUGCUAAGGGCAGCUGCCAGAAGCGUCGUGCUGCUCGUCGUGCUGCUGCCCUCGCCCGCCGUCAUGCUCGCGACGUCGCUUUCCUCGACUAAGCGGUGGAUGCUGGGAUGUAGUGUAAAAGAUGGAAAGAUGGAAAGAU